AUGGCCAAUACAAGUACCAGCGAAUUGAUCCGUGCAAUGCGGCAAGUGGACAAGCGUCAAAUCUCUGUGGCCGAGAAAUCAGAACUCGUGUCCGCUGCUCAAGAUCUUAUACUCGAGGUAGAGAGACCAUGGGAUACGAUCCUGCGAAUCGGUUGGUCUCAGCCCAGUUUGCCAGCAACGCUGUGUACUCUGAUUGACCUGAAGCUAUUCGAACGCUGGGUCGCAAGCGACGAUGAGGUACAGAGUGCGUCUGAUCUUGGAGAAAUGGUUGACUGCGACCCUGAUUUGAUGACCCGUCUGCUACAAAAUCUUGUCUCUCACCAACUGCUUGGAAAUCCAGGACCAGACUCGUAUAGUCUGACAGACUUCACGAGAUCCCUGGCUGAUCCUGAUCAGAGUGCUGCUUUCCCCUUCAUUUACGAAGUCAAAUCACCGACCUAUGCAUCUUUACCGCGGUAUUUGAAGAACGAAGGGUAUAGGAACCCUAUUGGAAAAUCACCUGCCGCUUGUGCAUUCACUUUGGGCACGAAGUUUGAUGGCACCUUGUUUGACUACUUUGCUCAGAAUCCGGAUGUCAAUGAACGAUUCGGUCGCUGUAUGAAGGGAUUUGCGGGUAAUCUGGUCUCUUGGGUCGACCAGUACCCGACUGAAAAAUUGCUCGAUGGUUUGGACCAGGUCAUUGUAGUUGAUGUUGGCGGGAGCACCGGCCAUGACCUCAAUGCGUUUCAGCGUAAGCAUCGGCUUGCACCAGCAAGGUUGAUUUUACAGGACCUGCCAGAAGUAGUCGCCAAAGCCAAUGUCGAAGAUGGCAUUCAGCUCAUGGCUCACGACUUCUUCACACCACAGCCUAUCAAGGGUGCUCGAGUGUAUUAUCUGCACUCAGUGCUUCACGACUGGCCUGACCACAAGGCUCGUGAGAUACUCCAGAUGCUGAAGCCUGCCAUGAUCAAAGGGAAGAGCAAGAUCCUCAUUCAUGAGCAUGUCUUGUGGCCACAAAAUAACACUCCCCUAGCGACUUGGUCAGAUCUUCUGAUGCUUGGCCUUAUGAACGGAUGCGAGCGAACGAUUGGAAUGUGGAAGGAUGUUAUCGAACCUGUUGGUCUUGUUAUCAGCGAGGUGUACACAUCUGUAUCAUCGCCACAUAGUAUUCUUGAGCUCAAAUUGAUUUAG